CCACCACACGAAGCAGUAGCUGCAGGACCGGGGCCAACGUCACUGAGCGGCUCGCGGCUCAGAGCUGGUGUACCGCCGCGUGGGCGCCAUCGGCAAGGCUUGGGUACGCCCCAAUGGGUUGCAGUUGGCUGCAAUGGCUCGCGCCUGCUCUACGCGUGGUAGUAUUGCUCCUUACUCCAUUGACAAACCGCAGUGCGGACGACGUUUCACUACAUCGGAGGUGCAGUGUUGGGCUCCGAGGAGUUGAGCUAGGCCAUAGUAAGCACCGAGUCGAUUUCUAGUGGCGCAAAGUGGCAUCUGUUGCUGAGAAGGCUGCGCUGAGAAGGCUAUUAGCGAGUACCAGUCACGUGCACGAAGCAGCUAGUGUACGUGAUGACCAUCGUCAAAGGGCAACGAGCGACACGCAGCAACUGUGGCCAAGGCUCUGAGUGCCAGGAUGCUUCCAAGGACCAACAGAGCUUCAAGGAGAGACGACCCAGCAGCAAGGACUACAACAGGAACAGGAUCGAGGACGGACGACGCAAGGAGGGUACGCAGUACUGGUAAAGAUAUCCGAAGCGGCGGCGAAAGAUAGCGAGCAGCAGUCAAGACGGCGGCGGCGACGGGGUGAACAAGCGGAGGAAGAGUCGAAGAGAGCAUGACAUCGAGGAUAGCACACAAGGGG